CCUGGGUCCUCGGAAGUAGCGGGGCAGGCGAGGGAACGGAGGCGGCGGGGUCGGCGGGGCCGGCCCCACCCGGAACCCUCGGGGGGCAGCGCGGCCAGGGCGGCGGACCUCGGCCUGAAGGGGUGGGAAGGGGGCGCCACCGCCGGGUGAGGUCGGGAGCGCGUGGGCCGAGGGAGAGUGGAGAGGCUCGCGGGAGGGACGGCGGGUCGAGGGUGCGGGGAUGAGGUGUGCUGGGGAGGCGGCGUCCGAGCCGUGGGCAUCGGUCUGCAGCCCUCCUGCCGCACCCCAGACCUCUUCCUCCUCCGCUCCCCGCUCCACGUUCUCCCAAGGUGUCUGUGGGUGUCCGUCAGCUCCCAGCUCUGCCGGCGGAGUACCGUCAGGUGUGCCCCUGUAGACUCUGCCCCGCAGGACAGGUCUCUUGUUUCGUUGGUUGGUAGAGGAAGAGGUUGAGCCAGAGCAGGUCCACCAGCAACGGUCAUUUACUUUCCCAAGAACAACAGAAAAUGUACAGACUGCAGGGGCCAGUGUCUUUCAAGGAUGUGGCUGUGGACUUCACCCAAGAGGAGUGGCAGCACCUGGACCCAGAUGAGAAGACAACAUACAGGGAUGUGAUGCUAGAGAACUACAACAACCUCAUUUCUGUGGGGUAUGAUGUUACCAAACCCAGUGUGAUCAUUAAAUUGGAGCAGGGGGAGGAGCCAUGGACAAUAGAAGGUGACUUCUCUCACACUUACCCAGAAGUAUGGAAGGUUGAUGACCUGAUUGAGAGAAUCCAAGCAAAUGAAGACAAACAUAUAAGGCAAGCUAUUGAUAUCCAUAGCCAAACCUUCCUGGAGGAGCAAAAGGAUGCAUUUGAUAAAAUUUAUUAUGUGGAAACAAAUCUUGUUCCUUCAGGUAUAAUAGCUCACAGAUGUGUCUCCUGUGGGAAGAAGUUAGAAUCUGUUUCAGAAUUAAUCAGUAGUGAUGGAAGCUAUGCAAAAAAGAAACUUGAUAUAUGUAAUGAAUGUGAGCAAAUUUGUCAUGGAGAGGACCUUUGUGAGUUUAAUCAGAGUGAGGACACCUCUUCUCAAAGUGAAGAAAGUAUUCUGCAGAAAAUUAAUGAUUUGGAGAAGCCCUUUGACUAUGAGUGCGUGGAAGCCUUAGAUGGUGAAGCUGUUUUCAUUGCUCAUCAUGAAGGAGCAUAUAUGGGGGAAAAGGCUUAUGAGUGGAAUGAUUCUGAGGCAGACUUCAUCCAGGUUUCAACCUUUGAUGCCUAUCAGAGAUCACAGAUAGAAAUGAAGCCGUUUGAGUGCACAGAAUGUGGAAAGUCCUUUUGCAAAAAGUCCAAAUUCAUCAUUCAUCAGAGGGCCCACACAGGAGAGAAACCCUAUGAGUGUAAUGUGUGUGGGAAGUCCUUUAGUCAGAAGGGAACACUCACUGUACAUCGGAGAUCACACUUGGAAGAGAAGCCCUAUAAAUGUACUGAGUGUGGGAAAACUUUCUGUCAGAAGUUACACCUCACGCAGCAUGUGAGAACUCACUCAGGAGAGAAGCCUUAUGAAUGUAGUGAGUGUGGGAAAACCUUCUGCCAGAAGACACAUCUCACCUUACACCAGAGAAACCACUCAGGAGAGAGACCCUAUCCAUGUAAUGAGUGUGGGAAAUCCUUCUCACGCAAGUCAGCCCUCAGUGACCAUCAGAGAACCCACACAGGCGAGAAGCUUUAUAAGUGUAAUGAGUGUGGGAAAUCUUACUACCGAAAGUCUACCCUUAUUACUCACCAGAGAACACACACAGGAGAGAAGCCCUAUCAAUGUAGUGAAUGCGGCAAAUUCUUUUCGAGGGUGUCAUACCUCACUAUACAUUAUAGGAGUCACUUAGAAGAGAAGCCUUAUGAGUGUACUGAAUGUGGCAAAACUUUCAAUUUAAAUUCAGCCUUCAUCAGGCAUCGGAAGGUACAUGCAGAAGAAAAACUACAUGAGUGUGGUGAAUGUGGGAAAUUCUCUCAGUCUCCAUAUCUCACUGACAAUGAUACAACCCACAUAGGAGAGAAGCCCUAUGAAUGUAAUGAGUGUGGGAAAACUGUCCUUGAAAAUUCAUCCUUUAAUGGACACCAGCCCCUUCCAGAAGAGGAGAAAACCUAUGAAUGUAAUAUAUGUGGAAAAUCCUUCUCUGAGUUGACUACCUACACUGUACAUUACAGAGGACAUGCUGAAGAGAAGCCCUUUGGAUGUAAUGAGUGUGGGAAAACUUUCUCCCAUAAUUCAUCCCUCUUUAGACAUCAGAGAGUACACACUGGUGAGAAGCCCUAUGAAUGUUAUGAAUGUGGCAAAUUCUUCUCCCAGAAGUCCUAUCUCACAAUUCAUCAUCGGAUCCAUUCAGGAGAGAAACCGUAUGAAUGUAGCAAGUGUGGGAAAGUCUUUUCUCGGAUGUCAAACCUCACCGUACACUAUAGAAGCCAUUCAGGAGAAAAACCCUAUGAAUGUAAUGAAUGUGGGAAGGUCUUUUCUCAGAAAUCAUACCUCACUGUACAUUACAGAACUCAUUCAGGAGAGAAACCCUAUGAAUGUAAUGAUUGUGGGAAAAAGUUCCACCACAGAUCAGCCUUCAAUAGCCAUCAGAGAAUUCAUAAAAGAGGCAAUAUGAAUGUACUCAAUGUCGAGAAUCCCUGAAGUCAAAUCUCAGUUUUUUAGAAAAACUCGUGACCAUACAAAUACAGGAAAUUCGGUAGGGAGCCUAAUAUUGUUCAUUUCACCAUUCAUCCUCCUGAAUGAGGAAGUUUUGAAUUGUUAGAUCCAUUUUAAUGUGAUUUUUCAGAGAAGAAUCUCUACAGUACACCCAAGUAGCAGAGCCUUCAAGAAGACCAUGUUAAAAAAAAAAAAAAAAGACGAUGUAACUCAUAGGACACUAGAUAAUUUAUGCAGGUGUGAAACUUUAUAAAUAUUUAUUUUAGGUUCAGGUUGUAUAUACCUAUCAGGGAAUUAUUCUAAGAAGAAAUCUGUCAAUAUGAUGAAUGUGGAAAACAUACUGUCUUGAUAAUUGUUUUGCUAAAAGCCAUAUUUCUAAUGUGAAAACAAAUGUUUAUAGGAAAGAUACCAGAAACUACCAGUUCUGAAUAAACUUCCAUUUUAUAAAACGAA